AUGAAUUUUAAUCCAAUAAAUUGUUGGCCAACAUCAAUUCUUGAUUUAAUUUUUCAGAAUUUAUCGGGCGAUGAAAUUUUAACUGCAACAAAAGUGUCGCCAUCGUGGGAAAACUAUAUCGGAAGAUCUUCAAUUUGCAUGACGAAAAUUGAUCUGAAAAUCAUCGGAAGGAAAUUUUAUUUGAAUGGGCAAUAUGAAGAAUUGAAAGGAGAACUUCAAAAGUUAGCAAAAAGUGGUCGGAGAUAUGAAAAUUUAAAUUUCUAUGCCCAUAAGCCAGGAUUUCUUACAAAUGCAGUGAUUCGUCUCUUGAAAAGUCAAAAAGGCAAUUGGAAAAGUGUGAAAAUUUGGUCUGAGAAAUUCUACGAUGAACAUGAAAUGGAAAAAAUUUUAUCGCAAGCAAAACAAAUUUGCAGAGACUUUCAAUCAACGAAGAAAAAUGGAAAACUGAAAUAUUCUCACAUCUAUCAAGACUUCCAUCAGCAAUCAAAUUUAAAGAAUUCCGAAUGA